AUGGGACCCCCGCCACCGCCUCCUCCACCCCCUCCACUCCUUCCCUCAGCGACACUACCAUCUGGCGGGUGGAAGGCAGCGCAGACACAGCGACGUAACAACAAUUCCAUACCUGCGUCGUCCGACAAAACCCGUCCCACUGUGGACAGUGCGGCAUUACAGCACGCAGCCGCUCGCUUGCGCAAGACCGGCUACUACGAACAGAUUCGAGGUGACGUCCCGAAUUUAUCCGAUGGACGAGUGGACGGAUCGAAUCAACGACUGCCUGACGGAAAUCGGCCGUACGGCUCGCAGCUCAAUAAGUUGGAACGCGAUUCGCCCAGAGAACAGGUUCAUGUUGCGCCCGCUCAUUCCUACCACACUGAUUCGGUCAGCAACAUUCGUGGAAGUUCCAAUUCGAGCGUAAAACCUCAAAGCACGGUCGAACCGAUGUUGCCGUCCAGCUUUGAUGCCGUGCCAAAAAAUCUUUACCAAACAUUUAAUAGCCCAUCUUCUAAAGCAUUCAUUGAAAAUAAGCUUGAACCGCAACCGCCGCCAACAUCGUAUCGACCUAUUUCCCCUCGGCCCUUCACCCCAACCCAUCAUGAGAAUCAAUCAUCCUAUGUUUCAUCUUAUCACCAUGAACCAGUAGCAUAUGCCCCUCCUCAUUAUGACAGCAAGCCGUAUGCACCACGUCCAUACAGUCCACGAUCGCAUUCGGUAGAAUAUCCGCAACAUCAUGAGAACAACAACUAUAACUACCAGACUUAUAUAAAAGAGACCAGUUACCGUGAAGAGCAGCAGCAGAAAACCCGUCCCUCAAAAGUGCAAUGGGAAACGCCCUAUGUGCGAUCCUCAUCGCCUAUCCUCGAUCCGCAUGCUCGCAUUCGUGAAUUCGCUACUAGCACCUAUGUGGAGCCAGAACCACCAAGAAGUCAAGAAUAUGUUCAUACAGUGAGGCGUGAAACCCAUACUACUCGAAGUGUUCCGAACGACUUUGCUACGACACUCCGUAAUCAGGGUCUUACUGCUUCACAACGCGAGGCCAAUCAGCAUCAAGCAAGCACUUUACGUCGUGAUCAUCUGCCUUUCAAUGCAGAUUACAUUUACAAGAUAGAUUUGCUGUUAUGA